AUGCCUUCGUACGCUAAAUUCCUUAAAGAGAUUCUAUCAAACAAGAAAAAACUUGAGGACGAUGAAACCGUUAUACUUACUGUAGAAUGCAAUGCUAUCAUUCAAAAUAGCAUACCUCAUAAACUGAAAGACCCUGGUAGUUUUUCCAUACCAUGUGUAAUCGGAACGUUUAUCAUAGACAAAGCUCUAUGUGAUUUAGGAGCCAGUGUUAGUUUAAUGCCCUUAUCCACAUGCGAAAAACUCAAUUUGGGAGAAUUAAGACCAACGAAGAUAUCUCUACAACUAGCUGACCGUUCUGUUAAAUUUCCCGUAGGAAGACCCUUUUUAGCCACAGCCGGAGCCAUUAUAGAUGUGAAGAAAGGAAAGCUGACAUUCAAACUAGGAGAUGAAAAAGUUGAAUUUCUCUUAGCUAAAUUCCUACAAGCACCAGUUAUAGAUGACUCAUGUUGUCUCUUAGACGAAUGUGUGAAAGAAAUGGAGAAGGAACCAUUUAAGUAUACUGAAGUACUGAAGAUUCCAACACCUCUUAUUCGAAGAUGA